GUGCCCGUCGCGUCAGUGGUGUGGUGUCGGUCGUGUGUCGCGUCGUCGUCUCGCCGCGAUCGCUCCGAGCUCGCCGGCCGCCCUUCUUGUCCCGUUCUUUAACGAUCACGCGUCUCACGCACCUAUAUUUUUAUAUAUAUAUAUAUAUAUAAUAAAAAUUUCUCUAGUUAAUCGGCCCGACAAUAAUUAAUCGGCAAUUCCGUUACAAACAACGCCGUUUCAUCGGAUUAUUUUAUUUUUUUUUUCAUCGCCGGUCGCUUAUCGUUUUUACCGACGCCAACGCACACGUGCCGCUCCGACGGGUUCUCCCCGCCCGGUCAGCGCGGUAAAUAAUAUAAAUAAUAAUAACAACAACAUUUAAGGAUUGAGUUAUUAUAUAAUAUUUAUUGUGCCGGCCGGUAGUAUCCGCGCGUAGCCAUUAAACGGUCGGCGCCCGUCAUCUUCUAUGCAUUACAACCGGUGUGCCAUCGCAAGCCACUAGUCGGCCGCCGCUAAAACCGCUUCCGCUUACGCCGUCGUCGACCGGCCGCCUUCGCUUACACGCUUGGCCGCGCCGCCGAGUGAUGCAACAACAAUGCGGCUUUUGCGCUGCGGUGUCCGACCUGUUCAGGAGGAUCAUGUGUUUUAGCGGCAGCAGGAGAGGUAGCGACCAAUCGUACUACCACGAACUAGACAACGACGAUCCCCAGACCGCUCUGGUGAGCGCGGACCCGACCAACGCGUCUCCUCAUUCUCCUGAUGUAAUCUACAUUCGGCUUAGAGACGAUUCGCCUACGGACGACCGGUGCAGGAGACGGUCCAGAUUGUUGUCCGAAGGGGAAGUGGUGCUGUUGGAGUCGGUGGCUCAUUACGGAAAGCGGUUGCCUAACGGUCGAUUUCUUACAAUGCACAAACGUAGACGGAAAAAGCUGACCACCCGAUCUCUGUCCAAUGACACCGCGCCUGCGCUAUUGGAUGACAUACACCACGGCCAAGUUCGGUGUGUAUUGAGACAUGUCUGGAAGUGGCCAUUCAACGCCUUCGCAUUAGACACAGCCACUGGGGGAAGAUCACUUCCGGUGCUCUGCGUUCAUCUGUUUCAUUGGUAUGGUCUCCUGGACUACUUUAAACUGGACGUUGUUCAAGUUUGGAAACUUUUCAGCCUAAUAGAAGAAGGGUACCACAGCACGAAUCCGUACCACAAUUCCAUACACGCAACGGACGUGACCCAGGCGAUGCACUGUUUCCUACAGGAAGAAAAGAUCAAGAAAUUUUUGACACCUUUGGAAAUAAUGGCGUCCCUCAUAGCGGCCGUCGCUCACGAUCUCGACCAUCCCGGUGUCAAUCAACCCUUUCUGAUCGCCACCAGCAACCACUUGGCCACCCUAUACGAGAACACAUCGGUGCUGGAAAAUCAUCACUGGAGGUCGGCCGUCGGUUGUCUGCUGGAGAGUCACGUGGCGGAAAAACUCAGUCCCAUACGCCGUGAACUUGAAUCGCAAAUAAGCUCUUUGAUCUUGGCCACGGACAUCACUAGGCAACCGGAGUUCCUGCAAAAAUUCAGCAACCAUUUGGAAAAAGGCGAGCUGGACAUGAGAGAUCCGGCUUUGCGGCAUUUCGUACUGCAAAUAGCGCUGAAAUGCGCCGACAUCUCCAACCCGUGUCGGCCUUGGGACGUGAGUCGCAAGUGGAGUCUUAAAGUGUGCGACGAAUUUUUCCGGCAAGGCGACUACGAAAGACAACUGGGAUUGCCGGUCACCGAUAUCUGCGACCGGUUCAACAACACUGUGCCAAAAAUACAAACUGUGUUCUUUAAGUUUAUGGUGUUGCCUCUGUUCAACUUAUGGCACAAGUUUCUCGACACGAAACUUUCUCACUCCAUGAUGGCCAACUUGAAGGAAAAUCAGCGGCGUUGGGAAGCACUGCGACAACAAGAAAACGCCGAAGAGCAAUUGACCGACAUUUCCGAAGCGGACUCGGUUGCUCAACCCUCGGUAAUACUGGAAGACAUUCUGGACGUUGAACACGAGUCAAUGAGCCGCCGCGGUUCGUUGCCGGCAGUCAUGUUGGAGACUGUCGACAAAAUGGGCCGCCGGCAUUCGGUACCGUUGAACUUGGCGCGGGCCACGCAAGUGCCGUGUACGAUAUUCAGACGGGAGAGCCUAGCGUCGCCGACCACGCUCAUGGUGCAGGCGGAAAACCGGCGGCGGUUCACGCUCGGCCAGAUUCCGUAUUUGGAAGAGGAGGAGGAGGGCCUGAGCUUAUCGUUGGGCUCGUCCCGGAGCAGCGGCCUGCAGAGGUCGUCGGACGGCGGCGGCAGCAACAAAGACGACAGGCCGGUUAGCGCCGAGAAUCUGAUACCCGAGCCGAGCAUAGCGACCAUCACGAACCCGGCAGAGGCCAGCCGCUUGUGCAAUGUGAUACACGGGGUGACGUCUCCCGUGCUGCAAAUGACCCGCGGCCUUACCCGACAACAGACUUUCCCGCCCAUCCAGCCCUACGUCAGAGCCAGAUACCUAUCCACAGGAGCCGUUGAACUAGUGCAGUCUUCGUCUUCCAGUGGCACCUCGACAUCGACCACGUCCAGCCGGACCGGAUCAACGAGCAGCGAAAGCAACGGAAUAAAACGAGACUCCAUUUUAGAUACAGACAGGGUGUUUAAAUUGGCCAGGUUUUCGGAAAAAGAAAACGUCGAUCCGACCUCGCGCACUGCAGCAGAAAUCAGGCGUAACAGCAAUCACAUGAGUCAGAUUUUGACCAGAAGGCGAGGUUCAGCACCAGUCGGAGCGGCAACCGGCGAAGGAGGAACUGGUAUAACAACAAGAGGUAUUGAAGCGAUUCCUAGACGCGGAUCGGUGCCAUCAGAUUUUUCUAAACAGAGUGCCCUUUUAAAGGUGGUCGCCAUCGGGCCACUGAGCUCGAACGGCCGGAAGCAAGACGUGAGGCGUUCGUCGUUACCGUACGAUUCCAAUAUUGGACUUUCAAGUUCGCCUCUUGUUUCUCCUUCCCGGCCAGAGAGAAGAGGAUCUGAUGGCAGCCGUCCCGGUAGCAGGAGACGCCGAAGAAAAUCAAUGAAGCGCCGUAGUUCAGGUGGACCUGAUGUACUGCUUUCGACCGGCCAAUCAAUGGACUCAUUUCUAGCACACCGACGCGGUUCUUUACCAGUUGAAAUUUUAGCAACAUCUUUUUCAGGUCCUCAUUAAAAUAAUCACCGAAUUUGUGCAUUGUAUAUGUAGACUGACAAAAUAAAAACUUGGACGAUUGAAAAACAAUUAAACAAAUAAAAUUUGCAAUAGCCGCUUAUAUUGUAAAAUUUGAAUUAACUUCGCAAUACUAUAUAAGUAUAUAUAUAUAUAUAUUAUAUACAUACAUAAUAUAUAUGUAUGUUUUUUAGCUGACAAUUGAUUCAUAAAUAAUUUAUGGUCUUCCCAAAUAAUCCUAUUUCUAAAAUAGAAUAUAAUGUUUUGUAAUCUAAAAGAAAACACUAAGCCAAUAAAUUGGUUUUCAUUAUUUUGUUGACCAAAUCUCAUUGCUUAUGUUUGUAUAAUUAUAAGCUAAACAAUUCUCUUUUUAAAAAACAUUUACUAUUUCUGUUUGUCUGUAUGUGGUACAUAUCAUGCAAUCGUCGAUAACCAUCAUCGCCUUCUUUUGUUUUUUUUCUUACUAUUAUUUAUUUUUAAGCUUAAAGCAGGUCACUCAGACGCGGUCCUCAAGUACAAUAAUACCUGUUGCCCUACAAUAACAUUCAGGGUUUUUGGCAUAAUGUUUUUACUAAUUAUUAGUUUGUAUAUUUUUUGUUUCCUUUACUUCACUAAACGGUUAAAAAUGAAAAUACAAAAAAAAAAAGAAUCAGAAA